UUGAGAUGCUCUAAUAAUCUGAAUGGGAGCUGAAGUGUCGUCGUUUGAGGGAUUCGAACAAGAAAGGCAUACAAAGCUCUCUCUCUCUCUCUGUGGUUCCUUCCGCUGUAUGUCGUCUGCGUCCGCCAUGUUUAGUCAAUCUUCCGCUCAGCUUGUGCGACCUAACCUCGGAUUUAUGGUUUCGCCCUCUCAGAAGGCGUCGAUCGCUUCUUCUUCGCUUCCUCGAUUUUUGCGGAUGGAGUCUCAAUCUCAGUCUCAGCCUCGCCAAUCUAUUUCCUGCGCUUCUUCACCAAGCAGUAACCUUUCUCAGGCUAAUUCUUCUUCCUUAAUCGAAUCAGCUCGCAUUGGAGAAGUUAAGAGAGUAACAAAGGAGACUAAUGUGUCAGUGAAGAUCAAUUUGGAUGGCACUGGAGUUGCAGAUAGCUCCACUGGAAUCCCUUUCCUUGACCAUAUGUUAGAUCAACUUGCUUCACAUGGGUUAUUUGAUGUGCACGUAAGAGCUACUGGUGAUGUUCAUAUCGAUGAUCAUCACACUAACGAAGAUAUAGCUCUUGCCAUUGGAACUGCUCUGUUGAAGGCGCUUGGUGAGCGUAAAGGGAUUAAUCGGUUUGGUGACUUCACAGCUCCUCUUGAUGAAGCACUUAUACAUGUUUCCCUGGACUUGUCUGGUAGACCAUAUCUUGGUUUCAACGUGAAGAUUCCAACCCAGAGAGUUGGAAACUAUGACACUCAGUUGGUGGAGCACUUUUUCCAGUCGUUGGUGAAUACUUCCGGUAUGACACUUCACAUCCGUCAGCUUGCUGGUGAAAACUCUCAUCACAUAAUAGAGGCCACCUUUAAGGCCUUUGCCAGGGCUCUAAGACAAGCAACGGAGAAUGAUCCUCGCCGUGGUGGGACCAUUCCCAGUUCAAAAGGAGUCUUGUCACGGUCUUGAGAGCUGAGCAAUCAGAAGAAAACCUCCCAGAUUCACUCUUUAUCGAGUUCAUCGUGAGUUAGAAAGUAAAUUGGGUGAAGAUCACACACUUUAUCGGAAGAUGGCUUCAUCUCUAUAAUUAAUCUGUCGAUCAAAGAGUGUUUUGUAUCUCUACAUUUUGAAAAAUCUCUUACCAUUUCUGUAUCAAACUCAUAAACUUACUGCAACUUCAAAGAACCGACCAAUUUGCUAGAAAAGGAAAAUAUCUUG